AAUUUACUAUCUCCUCUUGGCAACCUCUUUGUUAAAAUUCAGUUGUGACAUCUUUUACAGGGCUCUAAUGAUUAAGUUUGUUAACGACACACAAAGCAGAGCUAUUACACUCGCUAAUUCACCCAGCGGACUGCAGUUUAUAAGACCAGUUAAACUUUGCCAAACACAUUCUGAAACAAGGUAAGAUGUAGGGUUUUUUUUUCAUGUGCACCACUGUUUAUUUUUUUCUUCACAUGCAUGUAAAGCAGUUUGAUGACAGAAUGAAGUCAGUGUAAUAUUUUUAAGGUAUUACAUGUUCAGCACAUCUGUUCUGCUCUAGGAGGUGCAAGUAAGUUGCUGUGCACUUUUCAUUCCCAAACAGCCUGUCACUAAACUCCUGGCGUAUCUGUGAUACAGAACCGCUUAACUUCACGCCAAGUAUUUAACACAAGUGCAAAGAAAAUAUUUAUUUAGAUUGAUGUUCAUCACGUCCUCAAACAGUACACAUGCAGCCACUAAGAGAGGAAAAAUAAUUCAGCUUUGCAUGGUCAAGUCAGGACAGUAGAAAAGCACUGUGUGUGUCUGCAUUUAAGAAUACACUCCUGUGCUGCUUAUAUAAAAGAAUCACUGUGGAUUGCUGAGUAAUAAGUAGGGGAUCUGUGUUGGGAUAUGCGUGUGCAGCAGUGUCUUUGCGUGCUGUGUAUACCGGUUGUGUGUGUGCGUUUUAACGCCACGCAAACCAAAACACGCUGCGCGCGGACUUGUGGCCGUGUUAACCACGCCCGUUUGCCCAACUGACCCCGCCCACUCACCGGUAAUCCUCUGUUUGGUUGGAAGCGGGGCUGAGGCGCGAGCUGAACACUGGUUUCACGAACACGGUCGGCUGCGCGCGCGACGGGGAAACCGCCGGGUUUUUUUUUAAAGCAGUGAUCAGCAGCUCUGAUCUGAUCUGAUCCUAGAGCGUCACGUCCACUUGGAUCUGAUCUGAGAGCGUCACGUCCACUGAGGUCUGAUCUGAAGGCAGUUCGAAGGAUUUUCCUCCUGAAUAAGAAACUGGACCAUGUGUGGGGGACAGUGAGCGGACUGAAAGCGGACAGCGUCACAUUAAUGCGCUCGAGACAGAAGAAGACUGAAAAGCAGCAGUCUUUUGUCUGGGAGAACAAGUGACAAGUGAGAGGGAAGGAAGAAAAAGGGGGAAGAGGAAGAUUUAUAUACUCUGGGCUGAGUGUCGGCAGCACCAUGAAGCCCUUCCACUGUCUUCUGCUGCCCCUUCUCCUCUAUCUGCAGAUGUCAUCCUGGGCACUGGUCAAUAGCUGUCCAAAAGACUGUACUUGUUUAAAUUCAGACUCUAUUUUCUGUUUUGCACGCCAGGCCACAACCAUGCCCCAAGGCGUGCCUGAAUCAACAAAAAAACUGUAUGUCUUCAAGAAUGGCAUUGAGACCAUAGAGCAGGAAGAUUUUAUUGGAUUAGAAAGCCUAGAGAUGCUGGACCUCAGUCAAAACAAAGUGAAUGAACUACCAGCUCAUGUGUUUGAGCCACUAUCUUCCCUUCGUAACCUGGAUCUUUCAUCUAACCAAAUCACGCAUAUUUUUCAGGACAGUUUUGCUGGACUGGAGUUGCUGGAAAGACUGUAUCUUCACAGCAACUCCAUUAGAAGCAUACACCCGGCGGCCUUUGAUGGCCUGGAGCGGUUACUUGAGUUGAAGCUGUACAGAAAUAAGAUGACAACAAUACCUGCUUUAAAAAUGCCUAAUCUGCUUCUACUAGAUCUGCGGUUCAAUAAAAUCCCUUCACUAGGGCCAGCUGACCUUCAGGCACCCAAAUUAGAGUCACUCAAAUUGGGUGGAUUGGGGCUUAGCACCCUGAAUCAGGAAUUCUUGGGUAGCUUCAAGAACCUUCAUGAGCUGGACAUUUCGAACAAUCAAUUAAAGGUUUUUCCUCGAGUGCUGUCGGAAGCAAUGGGCUUGGUCACACUUAGUUUAGCAGGAAAUCCCAUGGGUCCUUUAAAGUGGAAACAUUUUGAAAACCUGACUGAGCUUCAGGAUUUGGACAUCAGCAACCUCAGCUUGCAGAGCUUGCCAGAAAACAUGACCAUGCUUUUUCCUCACUUAAAAAAACUUACUGUUGCAGAGAACCCAUUUAACUGCCUCUGCACACUGGCCUGGUUUCACAUCUGGCUACGUAAUAAUCAGAUAAUGCUUGGAAGGACAGAGGAGACCCGCUGUCAUUUUCCUCCUCGAAAUGCAGGAAAAGUGCUGGAAAGACUAGGACAUAAUGACUUUGGAUGCCCUGUAACGACUACUAUAAGUCCAGCUAAGACAACAACACUGGCACCACCUCUGAUCACCACUUUGCACAGCACAACACGUGCAAUUCCCCUCAAGCCCAGCAAUGAACCUUUUUCAGAGACAGACAUUCAUGUUCUACCUCCAGUCCCAGCUUCCCCAAGCAGCAGUGCAGGCUCAGGUCUGAACAUACAUUUUUGUCCAUCCAAUAUCUGCCUAAAUGGGGGCACAUGUUGGCUGGAUCAUCAAAGUCAAUUUAAGUGCACGUGUCCUCAUGGGACUUUAGGAAAAUAUUGUGAGAACAAGGAGGAUUUGUCUCUACCUGAAAAUGUCUCUACAGCAUCAAUCAAUGUGUUGCCUGAAAUCUUUGUAAACACAAUAACAAGCUCAUCUAUUCUGGUGGACUUUAAUCGCUAUGUCGCUAGACGUUCAAAUAUCCAUACUGUCAAACUAACUUAUAGAAGCCUCUCAGGAUCAGAUAAACGUCCACAGCAACGCAACAUUCCAGCCAUUCAUCAAACCUACACACUGCGUGGACUGCUUCCGAAUUCCACAUACUCCAUCUGUGCCAGUUUACUGGAUGAGACCAUUGAUGUAGACAGGGUAUGCACAGAGGCUCAGACGUUAAACCAGCAGCACACCAGCGCACAAGUAGAGGAUCCACAACUUGCAACAAUGCUUUUGCCAGCACUGACUAUUGUUCUCCUGUUAGUGCUGAUGGUCAUUGCUGCCGGUGUAGCUUGUUACAUGCACAGAAAAAAAAAAGCACAAUUGCACCUGUAUUGUGACCCUUCACAAUUGGAAUUGGAGGGUGUUAAAGUAGGUUUGGACAAUGAAGCCCUGCCCCAAAAGCAGCCAGACAUAAUGUCCUCUCAAUCAGUAGUGCAGAAAGAUUUCUUGGACUAUGAGAUGCCACUCAUACAAGACUGCUGUGUUGAAAACAACACAAAUACUUUAAAGCCAUGCUGAGUUUGAUACUUGGGGAUAUUUUAUUGGGCAAAGCAAACGACAUCUUGAAUUCUAUGAUCUUUAAAAGAUUAAGAUUAAGAGAAAUGCUGCCUGCCUUCAGUCAAAACCAAAAACGUUUCUUUUUUUUUCGGCAAAAAUGUAGCACAAAAAUCAUGGUUGAACUAUUUUAUUCAAUAUUUUGCUCAGAAGCCCACACGUGGAACUCAAGUGCAUUGAAUACUCACGGACAAUAACGUGUGCUGGAAAAUGAAGAUGAGGACAUCUUUAGUUAUGUUAAGACUGCCAAUUAUGUUGCUUUUGAUUUUGAGAGCUGAAGCAAAAAUUUUUUUGUGCAUUCUUAUGUAUAUUACUGUCUUGUUUUCAGUGUAUAAAUACAAGUUCUUCUUCCUUUACCUCUUGUGACUGUGAAACAGACAACACAAAAUCUUCAAAAAGGAUAUUUAAAAUGCUUCUACCAACAAGUUAAUCUAAGGAUUUAGUUUGCAAACAAAACCACAGUCUAAGUGGCUAAAAAUGAUUUGUAAACAUGAAACAAACUACAGCCCCUCUUAUAUUUUCUUAUAUUUAAAGCUUGAUUUUAGGGUUGCUAAAUCUGUAAACAGCAUCAGUACAUUUAUUCUAUUAUCUGCCUUAAACAGGUUUAAAAAAUGUUGUAAACAAAACCCACCCUAACCAGUUUCGUGUAUUUUACAUGAAAACCAUGAAAAAUACGAUUGUAACAUCUUUUCACAGAAUGUACAUUUUGUUGCAGAUGCUCUGUACAGUUUGUAUGUUAAUAUUUAAUAUGUAAAUGUAAAGAGAGAAAGAGACUGUGAAAUUCUAUGAUCAUGGUGUCAUUGUGUCCCAAUGAUGGACCAUAUACACAUAAUAAAGUAAUGGUAAAAUAGUGCAGCCCUCUUAACUUUGA